AUGGCCAUCGCCGACGACCACAUCCUCACGCUCACGUGCCCGGACCAGCCCGGCAUCGUCCACGCCGUGACCGCCGUUUUCGCCUCGCACGGCCACAACAUCCUCGACCUGCAGCAGUUCAGCGACCCCGUGUCGCGCCGCUUCUUCAUGCGCGUGCACUUUGGCCCGGCCGGCGAGCGCAUCACCACCGAGCACCUGCAGGCGCCCUUCGACGAGCUCGCCGCCAAGUGGGACAUGAGCUACGACAUUCGCCCGACGGCCCGCAAGAUGCGCGUGCUCAUCAUGGUGUCCAAGAUCGGCCACUGCCUCAACGACCUGCUCUUCCGCAUGAAGACGGGCCAGCUGCGCAUCGAAGUCCCCGUCAUCGUCUCCAACCACCCGGACUACGAGGCCCUGGCCCGCAGCUACGGCAUCGAGUUCCACCACCUGCCCGUCACCAAGGACACCAAGUCGGAGCAGGAGUCGCGCGUCCUCGAGCUCGCGCGCCAGCACGACAUUGAGCUCAUCGUCCUCGCCCGCUACAUGCAGGUCCUCUCGCCCACCCUGUGCGAGGCCAUGUCCGGCCGCAUCAUCAACAUCCACCACAGCUUCCUGCCGUCGUUCAAGGGCGCCAAGCCCUACCACCAGGCCUACGAGCGCGGCGUCAAGAUCACCGGCGCCACCGCCCACUUCGUCACCGCCGACCUGGACGAAGGCCCCAUCAUCGAGCAGCGGGUCGCCCGCGUCGACCACGCCAUGGACCCCAAGGAGCUGGCCGAGGAGGGCUCCAACGUCGAGAGCCAGGUUCUGGCCGCCGCCGUGCGGUGGUACGCGGAGAAGAGGGUCUUCCUGAACGGGGUCAAGACGGUCGUGUUUGAUUGA